AAGCGCCCGGUCGCGCCGAGGCUCGAGCGGCCGUCGCCAUUUUGUAGGGUUCUCUCUGACGCGGGACCCGCCGCCACCGCCGGCACCACCCGGAGGCUCUUGUCAGGAUGGUGAAGCUGUUCAUCGGAAAUCUGCCCCGGGAGGCCACAGAGCAGGAGAUCCGCUCACUCUUCGAGCAGUACGGGAAGGUGCUGGAAUGUGACAUCAUUAAGAACUAUGGCUUUGUGCACAUAGAGGACAAGACGGCCGCUGAGGAUGCCAUACGCAACCUGCACCAUUACAAGCUGCACGGAGUGAACAUCAAUGUGGAAGCCAGCAAGAAUAAGAGCAAAGCUUCAACCAAGUUACAUGUGGGCAACAUCAGUCCCACUUGUACCAACCAAGAGCUUCGGGCCAAGUUUGAGGAGUACGGCCCAGUCAUCGAAUGUGACAUCGUGAAAGAUUAUGCCUUUGUACACAUGGAGCGGGCAGAGGAUGCGGUGGAGGCCAUCAGGGGCCUUGACAACACAGAGUUUCAAGGCAAACGAAUGCAUGUACAGUUGUCAACUAGCCGGCUUCGGACUGCCCCUGGGAUGGGAGACCAGAGUGGUUGCUAUCGGUGUGGUAAAGAAGGACACUGGUCUAAAGAGUGCCCAGUAGACCGUACAGGGCGUGUGGCAGACUUUACUGAGCAGUACAAUGAACAGUAUGGAGCAGUGCGCACGCCUUAUACUAUGGGUUAUGGGGAGUCCAUGUAUUACAACGAUGCCUAUGGAGCACUCGACUACUAUAAGCGCUACCGCGUCCGAUCUUAUGAAGCUGUGGCGGCGCGGCUGCAGCUUCCGCAUACAAUUAUGCAGAGCAGACCAUGUCUCAUCUUCCUCAAGUCCAGAGCUCAGCUGUUCCCAGUCACCUCAACUCCACUUCUGUCGAUCCUUAUGACAGACACCUAUUGCAGAACUCUGGCUCUGCUGCCACCUCAGCUGCAAUGGCUGCUGCCGCUUCCUCUUCCUAUUAUGGAAGGGACAGGAGCCCACUACGUCGGAAUGCGGCUGUGCUCCCCGCAGUUGGAGAGGGCUACGGUUAUGGGCCAGAGAGUGAGAUGUCUCAGGCUUCAGCAGCAACACGAAAUUCUCUGUAUGACAUGGCCCGGUAUGAGCGGGAGCAGUAUGUGGACCGAGCACGGUACUCAGCCUUUUAAAAACUGGAGGUAGGAUAAUUGCGGACUGAACCCUCGGGCUGCGGUCAUAUAUGAGAACUUGGUCCUCGUGGUCCCCUUUGCCAGGAUGUUUCCAUUGCUUCAUGUUUCAGUAAACAAAGGAAUUUGUGACCAAC